AUGGGAUGCUGCUUCAGCGCCGGAAAAGUCACAGCCCCGCCUGUCUCCGCCGCCGAUGCCGAAGCCAGAAUCCCUCCUCCCAUUGAAGAAGAAUCCGUCAAGGAAGUCGUAGUCCAGUCAGUCUCCGUCUCCGUUCCCAUACCGGUCCCCACUACCGUCUCCGUCCCGGACAUCGUUCCCUCCGCACCGGAAGUCUCAGAUUCAGAAACUCAGCCACCUCCCUCACUCCCAACUCCAGAGAUCUCUCACGACAAGUCCGACAUUUGCAGCGUCUCCAACAGUUUCUCCACCGCCACUACUGCCACCGCUGCUUCCAUCCUCGAAGACGAUGCUCUCAGCAAACCCCACCGACCUCCUCCUCCUUCUUCUUCCUCCUCUCGCCGCAGCAGGCCUGAGAGAAUCUCGAGGUCGCCGGGAGGACGAAACUCUCCUCAGGGGAAGCUCCGUCCCAGGUUAGUCCGAGAGAGACCAACCAAUCCACCAAACCCUACACUAAACCGGCGAAAUGUAGAUUCAGGUCCUCUUCCACGAAGCGGGUUACAAGAAGGUCCAAGGCGUCGUUCUCGGUCUCCGGCCACUCGUGCCCCGAGUUCCGCAAGAAGGAGUCCGAUGAAGAAGCGUGAAGCAGCUCCGGAGAAGGAUGUAGCAGAGGUGAUUCAGAAGAAGGAAGAGACGAAAGUAGCUGUUGAGGUGAAGAAGGAAGAAGAUGUUGCUGUGAGGGACCCUGAAGUGUCUAUGGAAUGCUUCAUCUUUCUCUAA